CUUCUCCUUCUCCUUCAGACAUUCUUCUUUGUAGGAGAAUUCGAAAUCUCCACUCUUUGUCCAUCUUCAAAGGUUUCGACAUUGACUUUUGUAUCAAUUCGAAGAUGACGAUUCAAGACCUUGCUCCGGUUCCAAGGAGGUGCUCUUCAUCCAACGACGUGGCGGCUCCGUUACUGCCCAGAGUUCAGAGAGAAGAAGUUGCUUGCGACGAGUUCAACGGAGCUUCUUUCAGUGGCGCCGUUUUCAAUCUCGCCACGACGAUAAUCGGUGCUGGCAUCAUGGCUCUGCCCGCGACGAUGAAGAUCUUAGGGCUGGUGCUCGGGAUCACGAUGAUCGUUGUGAUGGCUUUCUUGAGCGAUGCCUCUAUUGAGUUCUUGCUUAGGUUUAGUAAUAUUAAGAAGAGUCGGUCUUACGGUGGCUUGAUGGGUGACUCUUUUGGGAAGCCUGGGAGGGUUUUGCUUCAAGUUGCUGUUUUAGUUAACAACAUUGGUGUUUUGAUUGUCUACAUGAUCAUCAUUGGUGAUGUGUUGGCUGGAAAGACAGAAGAUGGCAUCCACCAUUAUGGUGUUCUUGAAGGAUGGUUUGGUCACCAUUGGUGGAACGGAAGACUUGCUAUUCUUCUCAUUACUACUCUUGGUGUCUUUGCUCCUUUGGCUUGCUUCAAACGAAUUGAUUCUUUGAGAUUUACAUCUGCCUUAUCAGUGGCUCUAGCCGUCGUGUUCCUCAUCAUCACAGCGGGGAUAUCUAUCAUGAAGUUUAUCAACGGUGGCGUGGCGAUGCCAAGAUUGUUUCCAGAUGUUAGUGACUUAACAUCUUUCUUGAACCUCUUCACAGUUGUACCUGUUCUCGUCACCGCUUUCAUUUGCCAUUACAAUGUUCACAGCAUACAGAACGAGCUUGACGACGAAACUCAGAUACAACCUGUUGUCAGAUCAGCUCUUGUGCUUUGCUCAUCUGUAUACAUAAUGAUAAGCAUUUUUGGUUUCCUCUUGUUUGGAGACGAUACUCUUGAUGAUGUCCUUUCAAACUUCGACACUGAUCUUGGUAUCCCUCUUGGUUCUGUCCUCAACGAUGCGGUUCGAGUUAGCUACGCGCUUCAUCUUAUGCUCGUGUUCCCUAUUGUUUUCUACCCGUUGAGGAUCAACAUCGAUGGGCUCUUGUUCCCUUCUGCUCCAUCGUUAACCACCUCAAAUGUUAGGUUUGGUUGCCUCAGCGCUGGUCUCAUCUCUGUCAUCUUCUUGGGUGCAAACUGCAUCCCGAGCAUUUGGGAUGCGUUCCAGUUCACUGGAGCCACUGCUGCUGUUUGUCUCGGAUUCAUAUUCCCAGCUUCUAUUAUACUAAAGGAUCGUCAUGGCAGAGCAACAAGCAGGGACACGAUCUUAGGAGUUUUCAUGGUUGUUCUUGCGGUGUUGGCCAAUGCUAUCGCUAUUUACAGCGAUGCUUAUGCGUUGUUCAAGAGGAACGCACCUCGUGAGUGAUGUGGAGGAUGAGUAAAUUGUGCCAGUUUGGGGGUGUUCUUGGAUGAAGAAGGAAAACAAAAGUGUUUGUUUUUAUUCCAUCUUCUUUUUCUUAUGCGAGGUUGAAUAAGCGAGAAGACAGGACUUGUCUUCUCUUUGUGUGUUGUACCGUUGUUGUUGAGUGUUGUUUUAGGGUGUAUGUACUUCUCUGCUUGCUUGUGGUUUUGUAUCACCAUGAGUGUAGAAACUUUGUAUAAAGAUCAAAUGUAAUGCAGAAUACAUACUUUUUGUGUAUCA